AUGAGAAUAAGCAUCGAUGCGUACAGAGCAAGAAUUGGUUGUUUUACACAGCCAAUUGCCGCCAAGGAUCUAAGCGAUAAACUAGAAACACUUGCAAAUCAGGUCAAAAAUUUGGAUGAUGACGUUGACAAACGAGAAGUAAUUAUUAGGAGAGACAAUGUGGUAUUGUUAGAUAUCGAUGUUGGCGAGACUUAUGAAACGGUCAAUCAACAAAAUCGGCCAAUUGUCGUGAAAUUCCAUCAUUUCGAAGACAAAAUAUUAGCACUGUCGGUACACGCUGACCUGAAAGUGGACGGAAUUGGAAGUGAUAAAACCAAACGUGUUGUGUUUAUACUGAUGAUUGCGAAGAAAACCACGAGAACACAAGAUGGUGGCUGUGACGGUUGGUUGGUUGUUCUCGGUUCCCAUAUUUGCUGCAUGUUCAUCUAUGGUGUUUACCAGGCGUUUGGUCCACUGUUCGUGGCAAUACAAUGUUGUUUCCAUGCAACAUCUUCAUGUACAUCGUGGAUUUUGUCUCUAUCUUUAUUCCUGGAACUAGGGUUAGGACUAGGAUACAGCUUGAUACUGAGCCCUUGUCUUGGAAUUAUACCUCUGUAUAUUAAGAAGAAAUACACACUAGCAAACUCACUAGCAGUACUGGGAUCUGGAAUUGGUCCAUUUUUACUUACACCCAUAAUUCAACUACUGAUUGACGCGUACGGUUGGAGAGGCACGUUCAUUGUGAUGUCAGCAAUAAACGCCCAUAUGUUUAUAUCGGGAGCUUUGUUCAAAGCUCCAACCACGAUCAGACAGAAUAACACGGAUCUAGUCUCGCGUCCCAGUGAUGAUCACGAUCUUGCAAAACGACAUCAUGUUGCCUGGUGUGCUCCAUUAGACGCAAUACUACACGCAUUGGAUUUGAAAUUAAUUAGCAGACAUCCUCUUUUUGCCCUUCAAAUUGUGUGUGUUUUUAGUGGUAUUGGAUUAGGCUCUUUUGCCGUACCAUCGUUUAUCGUGCUUAAUGCAAAUGACCUCCAUCUGGCAUCGCCUUUUAUUAUCACAUUUCUAAUUUCAAUACUUGCAACUGGUGGGAUAAUCGGAAGGGUCGCCCCUCCUGUAUUGUUACAUAUAACUUGUAAAUGGAUGAAUAGUGGCCGCCUGUUUGGUAUAUGUUUACUGUUGGCUGGCAUUUCUACUGUGAUCAGUCCUCACUUGACAAUGUCAUAUGUGACAUAUGCCGUGCAUACAGCACUGUACGGUUUCUUCAUUGGAGUUGUAUUUGCGCUGUAUUCUCAUGUUACGAAAGAUUACGUUGGCGGACCAAACCUUACUGCUGCUCUCGCAUUAGCAUCAACGUUUAAUGGAUUGGGUGCAAUGAUUGGACCAACCGUAGCUGGAUUGCUAUACGAUAUUACUGAAGAUUGUAUCACUUCUUUUUAUUUCUGCGGUGGUUGCACUACAUUUGCUGGGAUUCUUAUGUUAACAGUAGAACCAAUCAUUCAGCGAAUCCACCGGACAAAAGACAGGGAUACCGAUAUUCUCAUAAACAACGAAUUCGACGAAGUAGUCGUUUAUCCAUAUCACGGAAGACCGGACACGUGUGAUUCAACAACGCAGACAGGCAGCUGA